AAUUAUUUAUACAUUUUAGUUGGUAUUUGAUUUUUAGUAAAAGGUUAUGCUUACAAAAUCUGGGAAUAAAUUAAAUAUAAUUCAUUCAUGCAUAUUUUCAUAUGAUGGACAAAGACAAACAAAUAGGUAAAAAAUGUAAAAGAUUUUCAGCGCGGUUAAAAAGCUCUAAGGGAGUUUUAUGCGUAGAUAAGCCAACUUCGAAACUUGUUCUAUGCAAUGUAGGACAAGCUACCGGCUUUAAUAAAGAAGAACUGUAUGAAAUAUUGGAAUUGUUACCAGAUGUAAAUCUUCCGAAAUAUAUAGCUGAAAAGGGAGAGUCGCAUUCUUAUGUUGUUUUCGAUAACACAAGGAGUGCCGAAUUAUUUUACAACACAUUUAAUGGUACAGCAAAAGUGAAAAAGAAUGAUACAUUAAUUUAUAUGAAUUAUGUUGAUGCUGUACCAAAUGAUGAAAUAAUCUAUAGAGAACACAAUCCUACAGGACUGCAUGUUAUACCUGAUUUCAUAUCUGCUGAAGAAGAACAUCAGUUCUUGCACAUAUUUGAUUGGGAAGAUGAUUCUAAUUUAAAGAACCGACAAGUGAAACAUUAUGGCUACGAAUUUAGAUACGGUAGCAAUGAUGUAGAUUUAAAUGCUCCAUUAUCAGACAAGAUACCCUCAGUGUGUGAUGUGCUGUGGAAAAGGUUACAGGAACACGGUUUUGACAUUGAAGUUCCUGAUCAAUUAACAGUUAAUAAAUAUAAGCCUGGACAAGGCAUUCCAUCCCAUGUUGACCGUCACAGUCCAUUCGGAGACACAAUUCUGUCGUUGUCUCUAGGAUCCUCUGUAUUGAUGGACUGGAAACAUCACAGCGGCAAAUAUGUUCCUAUUGUUGUACCAGCUCGCUCAAUUAUGGUGAUGCAGGGUGAUGCUAGGUAUGAUUGGCAACAUGGAAUUCAGCCGCGAGCAUGGGACCCUGUGAUCGAAGUGAGAAAAGAUACAGAAACAUCUAGCAACAUUAAAGUUAUAACCAGUGAUACAAGACCCCGCGGCACUAGAAUAUCUCUGACCUUCAGGAAGACCAGGCAGGGGCCUUGUGAGUGUGGUUAUAAAGUGCUGUGUGAUAGAGGAGGUAAUAAGGAGAUUGAUGAUGAUAUGGCUUCGCAUCUCGAGGAGUUGCAUGUUCAUCAGGUUUAUGAACAAAUUGCAGGCCACUUCAGUACGACGCGGCACAAGCCCUGGCCGAAAGUGCAGGAGUUUAUUAUGAAUACUCCGCCUGGCUCCAUUGUUUUGGAUCUUGGAGCUGGGAAUGGCAAGAAUAUACUCAAUAGAAAUGAUAUCAUACAGAUAGCGUGCGAGCGCAGCACGGGGCUUCUCGCUGAGUGCGCGGCGCAUACAGCGGCAGUGCGCGGCGCGCAGUGCGUGCGGCUGGACGUGCUGCGCGCGCCGCUCGUCGACGGGCGCGCGGACGUCGCGCUGUGCAUCGCCGUAGUACACCACUUUUGUAGCGAGGCUAGAAGGAAGCAAGCCAUUAAUACGAUCGCCCGCCUCUUGCGGUCCGGAGGCCGAGCCCUCAUCACAGUGUGGGCGAAGGACCAGAAAAAGUCCAAUUACAUUGCGCCAAAUAAAGAAAACUCCGACACAAACGUCGUCACAACUGUCGGUGGACUCAAUCUACCCGUACACGAAAACAGAACGCAGUUCCAGCACAGCGAUUUACUCGUCCCGUGGAAAUUGAGACAGAUUAACGAUAAAAAACUGUCAAACGAAACAAAUGCAACGUUUCUGCGAUACUAUCACGUGUUCGAAAAGGGCGAAUUGGAUAAACUAUGCGAUCUGCCCGAUUUGGUUAUUGAAGACAGUUUCUAUGAAGAAGGAAAUUGGUGUGUUAUUUGCAAAAAACUGUAAUAAUGUUAUUUUAUAUAUUAAACAUGUUUUAUCAAA